AUGCCGGGUCUGCGGCCGGGGGCGGGCACGGAGGGACGGGCAGGGGCAGCCGGGGCGUGCGGGCACAGCCCCGCCACACGCACAACGGCCCCCGGGGCAGCCCGGCCCCUCCCGAGGCGCAGCCCCCCCGCCCCGUUGUGUAAGCCUCUGCCUCGCUGCAAGCCGCCCGGGGCAGGAAGAAGGGUAUUUCAGGCGUUGCGAGGAACAGAUGAAGGGGAAAUAAUGACGGCAGCUGAAGGAGGCUGCACACGCACACGGUGCGAGCCCCGGGAUGGGGGAUGCAGCCCUCCCGCACCUGCCUCCACCGCGCCCCGGCCCCGCUGCAGCGCCCGCGCCGCCGCCUCCCCGGUGCGAGAUCAUGGCACCGUUGCGCCAUGUUCUGCCCUCCCGGUGCCUCCCCCACCGCCACCCCCGGCCCCGACAGGGACUCCCCCCCCCUCCCCGCGCCGGGAAGCGGGGCGCCGCUGGAUGCGGCGGCGGCGGCGCCCAGCGCCAUGCAGCAUCCCGGCGCGGGGCGACAGCGGCACGGACCGAGCGCCGGCGGCCGACCUGUCAGCGCGUCCUUCGCUGCCGUCCUCCUGCCGCCGCUCCGGGGAGGGCACUGCCGGCCCCCGCCGCGACCGCUGCCCGGCCCGGCCCGCUGGCGAGGCGCCCCGCGGCGCAGCCGCCCCCCCCGGCCCCCCGGCCCCGGUAGCCCCAGGUGCCGGGCGGGCUGCCCCUCCCGCCGCCGCCGCCGCCGCCGGGGAUGCGCUGGGCGUCCACGCCCGGGAGCCGACGCUGCUAUUUCCAGCCGGCGGCUUAAUCCUCCCGCAGCCUAAUCCCCGCGCUACUGCCGCAGCAGCGCCGCCCCCCAGCCCGGUGCAGAGGGCGGGACGGAGCGGAGCCGCCGCCGCCGCCGCCGCAGCUCGGUGCCCGGCGCAGUCAGGUGACCGCGGGCCCCCACCCGCACCCGCUGCCCGGGGCUGUCCCGGGGGUGCCGCGGCCCGGGGGCGCCGAAGCCGCCGAUGCUUCCCCGGUCUGCAUCACGGUCCUGUCGUGAGCGCCUAA